UAAAUAUUUUGUUGUUGUAAUAUGAAAAAUUAUUUUAAAAGUGCAUAGUAUUAAAAAUAUUUUAUAAAUUAAUUAUAUAUAAUAAAAUAUAAUUUAAAAACAAAAUAUUGUGAAACUUUUAAAAAAAAAUAUUAUUUAUAUUGUGGAGCAAGAAUAAAGGAACUCUAAUUGUUUGCGUAUAAAAAAUAUAAAAAUGGAAUUCGCACAAAAUUGAUAUAACCUAUAUAUACAUAUAUAAAAUUUUUUUGGUGACAAAAAUGGUUUAAAUUUCAAGGGUCUUUAAACUUAAAAGAGUAAAACAAUAAUAAUAGAGUAAUAGAGAGGACAUAAAAAAUAACAAAAAUUUAUUCCAAUUUUUCCGAUCAAAAAUUCACCAUUGUACAUGGUAAAUAGCUAGGAAAUGAGAAAUAAUUGAACUAUACACCAAAAACAAUAUUACAAAACUAAAAUAUUUUUAUUUAUUUAGAAAAUUAAAAAAAAAAAUUUAAAAGUAAAAACGAAAAAAAAAUAUUGACAAUCAAUUUUACAAAAAUUGUUUUAUUAAGUGCUUUAGAAAUAAACAAAAUCGGGAGAAUAAAGAAAAAAGAGAAUAUUAAAAAAAUAAUGGAAUAAAAUUAAUUUCUCGGAGAAAAUAAAACACCAAAAAAUGAUGAGAUUAAGACAAUAACACAUUCUAUCGGUUAAAUGGUGAAAUUUUACUCUAUUUAAUAUUUAUUUUUUUUGUUUAUUUUUCAUUUUUUCUAUAUUUUAUUUUACAUUAAAAAAUAAAAUUGAAAUUUUCAAAAAUGCGGAAUAUAAAUAAAAUCUUUAUCAUUAUUUACUAAUAAAAUAAAAAUUAAUAAUGAUUCGAAAUUUCUUUUAUCUUAUACUAUUAACGAAUAAUAGAGAAUAUUGCAUUACAUAAUUAAUUAACCACAACGGAAAUACUAAUUUCAUAAUUCCAAUUUUUAAUAAUUUUAUAAUUCAAAUUAAAUAUAAUUUUAAUAUAACAAUUAGUUACUAAUACUUUAAUUUAAAAAAAAAAUUCUAAUAAUUAAAAAUUAAAAAAAAGAUCUAAUUCAAAAUGAUGUCACAUCAUUUUAAUUCAAUGUUAGAACAUUUAAAAAUUGGUUCAUUACGUAAUCGUAAAGAUACUAAUUCAGAUCAGAGUCCAACAUCAACAAGUAAUAUUGAAGUUGGUAAUAGUAGUUGUAAUAAUAUAACAAAUAAUUUAAAUGAUAGUAAUUAUACUACUACUGCAACAACAACAUCAACGAUAACACCGAUUAAUGUAACAACAGAUAAUAAUAUAAUAACAAAUUCAACAACAAUAAUUGGUUUUACAAAUCCAUUUCGACAACAGUCACAAAAUCAGCAACAGCAACAGCAACAACAACAGCAAAAUCAUAAAAAUUUAAUAAAAAAUAAUGAUAGCAAUAAUGAUAUUAUUGUAGAUAGAAAUUUUUUAUAUAAUAAAAAUAAUAGUAAUUGUAAUAAUAGUAAAAAUAUCGAUAAUAAAAGUGGUAUUUGUGAUGAUGGUAUCGACAAUAUUAAUGAUGAUGGUGGCGGCGGCGGUUGUGGUGGUGGUAAAAUUGGAAAUAUUAAUAAUAUAAGUUGUAGUAGUAGUAGUAGUAGUGGUUUAAAUACUAAUAAUAAUAUGAAGGCUAAUAAUCAAACUAAUCAAGUAUUAAAUGGUGUAUCAACAAUAUCAACAGCUUUAAAAAAUAAUAUUUCAUUAAUACAAAAUUAUACGAGUAAUAAUACAACAACAGCAACAAAUAAAACUACAUCAACAAUAUUAAACAAUGUUAAUAACGAUAUCGAAAAUAAUACGAAUAUAUCAAAUAUAUCGAAUAAUCAAAUAACACAAAAUCAUAUUGUUGUAAAAAAAAAUAUAAAUCAAAAUUCAAAUGAUUAUAAUAUACAAAAUAAUUUGAAAAAUCCAAAGAAACCAUCAACAUCAUCAACAUCGAAUACACCGGAAACAAUUAUUAAAAAUCGUUCAAAUCAAAAUAUAAAUCGUAAAACUAGUAUUACAAAUCCAAAUGAUAGUAGUAAUAUGAGUACAAAUAAUUCUUCUCCCGUAACAAGUAUGAAAGGUACACCAAUUAAAAAAUUACAACAACAAGAUGGACGUAAACGUCCUAGUAUAUCAGUUCCAAAUGGUGAUUGUAUCGAUGAUAAUGGUAGUCGUCGUAGUAUUAUUGAUAGUGCAAUAGCAACAUCAGCAGCUAUUAUUGGAAAUGAUAAUACUACAAAUAAUAGUGAUGUUAAAGAAACAAGAGAGAAAUCAACAUCAUCAUCACGUACAAGAGAACUGUCACCAACACCAAGACAACAACAACGUAAAUUAUCAACUGAUAUGCGUGAUGUACGUUCACGUGCCGGUAGUGUUAAUUUAGAUGAAGAUGGUAGACCAAUAUUAAUAAGAAAACCGGUUAAACUGAAGAAUGUUGCAAGUAGAGCUGAAACAUAUGAUACAUUACAUGCAAAAGCAACUUCGGUAUUACAAUGUUCACGUGGUGUUUGUAUGGGAAGUGUUAUGAAUUUCAGUACUAUGAAUAAUGAUAUUAGAAAACCAGAUAUUGUAUUAGAUCAUGCUAAAGAUUUUUUAGAUCAAUAUUUCACCUCAAUUCGAAGACAUGGUUCACCAGCACAUGAAACUAGAUGGCAACAAGUUCAAAAAGAAAUUGAAGAGAAUGGAAGUUAUCAAUUAACUGAAACUGAAUUAAUAUAUGGUGCAAAAUUGGCAUGGCGAAAUUCAUCACGUUGUAUAGGACGUAUUCAAUGGUCAAAAUUACAGGUGUUUGACUGUCGUUAUGUAACAACAACAAGUGGUAUGUUCGAAGCAAUUUGUAAUCAUAUUAAAUAUGCUACAAAUAAAGGAAAUUUGAGAUCUGCUAUAACAAUAUUUCCACAACGAACUGAUGGACGUCAUGAUUAUCGUAUAUGGAAUAGUCAAUUAAUUUCUUAUGCUGGAUAUCGUCAACCAGAUGGUUCAAUUAUUGGUGAUCCAAUUAAUGUUGAAUUUACAGAGGUAUGCAUGACAUUAGGAUGGAAAGGUAAAAAUACUCAAUGGGAUAUUUUACCAUUAGUUGUAUCAGCUAAUGGACAUGAUCCAGAUUAUUUUGAUUAUCCACCUGAAUUAAUAUUAGAAGUACCGUUAUCACAUCCGGCUCUUAAAUGGUUUGCUGAUUUAAAUUUAAGAUGGUAUGCAUUACCAGCUGUAUCCGGUAUGUUAUUUGAUUGUGGUGGUAUACAAUUUUCGGCAACAGCAUUUAGUGGAUGGUAUAUGUCAACAGAAAUUGGUUGUAGAGAUCUCUGUGAUACGAAUCGUUUAAAUAUUCUUGAGGAUGUUGCACUUAAAAUGGAUUUAGAUACAAGAACAUCAACAACAUUAUGGAAAGAUAAAGCAUUAGUUGAAGUUAAUCUUGCCGUUUUAUAUUCAUUUCAAAGUAAAAAUAUAACAAUUGUUGAUCAUCAUACAGCAAGUGAAAGUUUUAUGAAACAUUUUGAGAAUGAAUCGAAAUUAAGAAAUGGAUGUCCUGCUGAUUGGAUAUGGAUUGUACCACCGAUGUCUAGUUCAAUAACACCAGUUUAUCAUCAAGAAAUGUCAUUAUAUUAUUUAAAACCAUCAUUUGAAUAUCAAGAUCCAGCAUGGAAAACACAUAUAUGGAAAAAGGGUGGUAGUAUACAAGGAAAAAGUAAAAAACCAAGAAAGAAAUUUCAUUUUAAACAGAUUGCAAGGGCAGUAAAAUUUACAUCGAAAUUAUUUGGUAGAGCAUUAUCUCGUCGUAUAAAAGCAACUGUAUUAUAUGCAACAGAAACUGGUAGAUCAGAACAAUAUGCAAAACAACUUGGUGAACUUUUAGGUCAUGCAUUUAAUGCACAGGUGUAUUGUAUGUCUGACUAUGACAUAUCAUCGAUAGAACAUGAAGCACUUUUAAUAGUGAUUGCAUCAACAUUUGGUAAUGGUGAUCCUCCAGAGAAUGGUGAAGAAUUCGCACAAGGAUUGUAUGCAAUGAAACUUCAGGAAUCUGGUGAUAUUAUCGAUGGACAAGAACUAAAUGUUACCGUUUCAUCAUCAAAAUCAUUUAUGAAAGUAAAUUCACGUCAAGAAAUAGGAAAAAUAGUAUUACAACAAUUUAAAAAAAUUGAUCGUUUGGAUUCAUUACGUGGUUCAACAUCAGAAACAUUAACAAGUGAAACAUUUGGACCACUAUCAAAUGUCAGAUUUGCCGUAUUUGCAUUAGGUUCAUCAGCAUAUCCAAAUUUUUGUGCAUUUGGUAAAUUUAUUGAUAAUAUAUUGGGUGAAUUAGGUGGAGAACGUUUAUUAAAAUUAUCAUUUGGUGAUGAGAUGUGUGGUCAAGAGCAAUCAUUUAGAAAAUGGGCACCAGAAGUAUUUAGAGCUGCCUGUGAAACAUUCUGUUUAGAUCCUGAUGAAAAUUUAUCUGAUGCAUCAUUACAAGGUGAAAUCUUAACAACAAAUACUGUCCGUUUUGUACCUGUUAAAGAACGUAAACCACUUGAACAAUUAUUAACAAAAUAUCAUAAUAAAAAAGUAUCAAAAUAUCAUAUUAAACGUAGACCAAUUAAUUUACAUGGUGAUUGUAUUGAUAAUACACAAAAUCGUGCAACAAUAUUAGUUGAAAUUUUAGCCCCAGGAGUUAAAUAUGAACCAGGAGAUCAUGUCGGAAUAUAUCCAGCAAAUCGUAAAGAAAUUGUUGAUGGUUUAAUAAAACGUAUCACAGAUAUUGAAAAUCCAGAUGAAAUUGUUGAAUUACAAAUAUUACGUGAAAAACAAACAUCAAGUGGUAUAUUUAAAAAUUGGGAACCACAUGAAAAAAUUCCACCAAAUUCAAUAAGAGAAUUAUUAUCGAGAUUUUUUGAUAUUACAACACCACCAUCAAGACAAUUAUUAACAAUGCUUGGUACAUUUUGUGAUGAUAAAAAUGAUCAAGACCGUAUUAAUAUACUUGUUAAUGAAUCAUCUGCAUAUGAAGAUUGGCGUCAUUGGAAGCUUCCAACAUUAUUAGAUGUACUUGAAGAAUUUCCAUCAUGUAAAAUUCCAAUAUCAUUAUUAUUACCACAUUUAACACCACUACAGCCACGUUUCUAUUCAAUAUCAUCAUCAUUAAGAAAAUAUCGUAAUGAAAUUCAUUUAACUGUUGGUGUUGUAAAAUAUCGUUCUGAAGAUGGUGAAGGCGCUGAACAUUAUGGUGUCUGUUCAAAUUAUUUAGAUUGUAUGCAAGAUAAUGAUUCAAUAUAUUUAUUUGUAAGAAGUGCACCUAGUUUUCAUUUACCAAAUGAUUUAAGACCAGCAAUAUUAAUUGGUCCUGGUACUGGUAUUGCACCAUUUAGAUCAUUUUGGCAAGAAUUAGAAAUAAGAAAAUCUGAGAAUACAGAUUCAGAAAUGCCUAAAAUUUGGUUAUUCUUCGGCUGUCGUUUACGUAGUUUAGAUUUAUAUAGAGAAGAAAAAGAAGAAAUGAAAUCACUUGGUGUAUUAAAUAGAGUCUUUUUAGCAUUAUCUAGAGAAGCUGAUGUUCCAAAAACUUAUGUUCAAGAUUUAGCUGCUCGUGAAUCAGAUGAUCUUUAUAAUUUAAUAGUAACAGAGAAGGGACAUAUUUAUGUUUGCGGUGAUGUAACAAUGGCUGAACAUGUCUAUCAGACAAUAAGAAAAAUUAUUGCAAUGAAAGAGCAACGACCAGAAUCCGAUGUUGAAAAAUUCCUUUUAAGUUUAAGGGAUGAAAAUCGUUAUCACGAGGAUAUAUUUGGUAUAACACUACGUACAGCUGAAAUACAUAAUAAAUCUCGUGCAACAGCUAGAAUUCGUAUGGCAUCACAACCGACAUAAAGUCAUUUAUCACUAUAUUUUAUAAUAUAUUACAUAUUAUAUGUAUAAUAUUCAGAAACAAGAAAAUCUACGUAUCAUCCUAUACAUCCUAUUUAAACGUUACUUUUAAUACAAUAUAAUUAUAAAUAUUUCAAACAUGAAUAUCUACAUACAUAUAUAUAUAUAUAUAUAUAUAUAUAAUUAAAUUUAUUAAAGAACAAAUUUCAUUGCACUUAUUAAGAACUAUUAAUAUACAAAAAGAAAAAAAAUAGUUAGCAAAA